AUGAUUACGACGACUGCCAUCGCAGCAGAACAUGAAGCAGAGGAGAGCCUAAACACAAACCUAAACGAAGAGGAAGAGCCAGAGUUUGACAAUUCAAAUGUACCCUCACUUUACGGCUUAAGGAUUAAUCCUAAAUAUUACGGAACUCUUCACAACUUAAUGAAUAAGAGAAUAAAAGGCAGUGAAUUCCUCGGCAAACGAAUGGGUUCAGAGUUUUUAGGCAAAAGAGCCGAUUUCUAUAAAGUUAAACGAAUGGGCUCUGAGUUUCUCGGACGUAGACGGAGGAGCGCACCCACAGCCUAAACCCGUUGUCUAAAAACCAUUUUGUGUGAAAACUUAAGUUCUUAUAAAUGUAUUUCUCAUAUUAAACAAAAAACACGCCGACAUUUCAUCUGAUAUUUAUGGCUCUCAAAAAUGGAAACGUAUGCCUGAAUUGUUUGCCGAUUUGCCAUUAAAACGGUUGUCUGAGUUUGUGGGUGCGGGCAAGAGGCGCAUCGGCGGUGCCGUCACUCC